AUGGAUGAUUUAACGGUAAAACUAACUGAUUAUGCUUUAUCACGUGAUAUUUUUCCACAAGAUUAUGAUUGUCUUCCAACUGAUCUUUCCAAUGAAAGUCGUCCAUUAAAAUUUAUGGCUAUUGAAUCAAUUAAUGAUCGACGUUUUUCUACGGCUUCAGACGUUUGGUCAUAUGGUGUUAUACUUUGGGAAUUGAUGAGUCGUGGUUUACAACCCUAUGCUGAUAUUGAAGCAUGCAAUUUGAUUACACAUCUUCAAUGUAAUAAUCGACUCAUACAACCCAUGAAUUGUCCUGAUUCUUUAUAUAAAAUAAUGAGUAUUUGUUGGAUAACUACAAUUGAUCAACGUCCAUCAAUGAAUUCAUUACUUCGAUCAUUAAUGGAAUUUUAUGGACAACUAGCUCGUUUCAUUUAA